AAAGACAAUGAAGUAAUUAAAUAACGAAGGAACAUUUCCAGGUACCUCUUUUACUGAACCCACAACUAUGUUUGCCUAUAAAAGACUAAACAUUGAAGAGAAGACGAGAUUCACUUACCGGACAGUAGAGCGGUUUGGGUAUAGAAUUUAUCAAUUUAGUUAAAUAUUUAAUAAACAAAUUGUUUUUAAAAGAGUUUAAUUUUCAAAAAAAAUAUUGUGCACCGAACGUUAGUCUCAGCAACGUAGAAAGUUCGCCAACUUAACUUAAAGUAUAUACGCAUUCGUAAAAUCCCGUUCAACCAUCUGGAUCAAGUUUCAUGAAGUAGCUUAAUAUUCUUUGCCUCAGCAAAGUACGAAACUACGAAAAGAAAGCGGAUGCUGAAGACAAUAAUCAGCACUAAUUUGCUGUAGCUACAUACAUGAGUCACGCCACCGAGAUGCAAGAACUUAAUUUUAAAAGGAAUAUAAAUAAUGCCAGUUCAUCGAACGAGGAUCAUAUUCAGGAUGUAAUGUCAACACCCUGGACUUCGAAGAAUGUAAUAUAAAAGACUAAACAAAAGGAGACAAUAGAAAAUUUGGCACAUAAAUGAAUAUGGAGCUACAAAAUACAGAUAAUGAUAUUGUUCGGCAAAUGUCAACAUAUAACUUUAAUGCGCCUAUCAAAGUAACUGUAGUUUUUGAUGAAGCAGAAACUAAUGAAUUGCAUAAAUCAGUUGAAAACCGCAUGGAAAAUUGUUCUAAAAGUCCUGAAACGCAAUCAUUGCAAACAAGUAACUUAGAAUCUCUAACAAAAUGUAUUGAUGACUUUCAUUACUCGAAUGUUUGUUUUGAUACCAUGGACAAUAUAUUUAACACGUAUGAAAUACAAAACGAGACCGAAACUUUUAUAUCUAAAGAUAUGAAUCCACAUAACAACAAUGUCGUUUCUAAUCAAGGAAUUAACCACAAAAGACCUAACUGCACAGCACAGAUAACUACACCAUUUCUAAAAGACAGUAUUGUACAAAGUUACACAAAUAAUAACAAUCACCAACAUUCAAAACAUUCAACAAUUAUGAAUUCAGAAACACAUAAAACAAAUAUGUUAUAUUUAUUAGAUAAAGUAUCUUUUAAUUUGAUAGAAAUUUCAAAAUGCUAUUAUUACACCUUUUUAAAUAAACCACACAACCAUGCAACAUUCGAAAAAGCAAAGCAAUAUUAUGAAAAUUUUAAAUACAAUCAUUUUAAUUUUUCGUACUCUACAGUCAACUCUCUUAUAAUACCGCUAGAAACACAUCCAAGAUUUAUUGAAAAGUAUAUAAACAGGACAAUAGCACUUGCCUAUAGUAAGUCUUGGUACAACAUUUCAAAUGAUUUUUUGGUCAAAGUUAUUAGAAAUAUGUUAUAUUAUACCAAGUGCAGAAACAAAAUAGAGUCUAAAAGCAAUGAUCAAACACGGAAACGACCUUCCACUGCCACAUUUAAUAAAAAGAAUACUUCAAACUCUAUUUCUGAAAAUGUGAAUAGUAAUAAAAAAAAUGAAGACAAUGAUUUAAUAAAUAUUUUGUCUUGUGGCCCUAAAGAUAGAGAAAUAAAAAUAAGCAUUGAGCCAAAUAUUCUUAACCGUGCUCAUAAUUGUAUAAUUACAAGCGAUCGUGUAACUAAAAGACCUAAAAAAGACAGCUCGUGCAAUUCCGAACUGCAGAGAACUAUAACUAAAGAGAAUAAUCACCAAGGGAGAAGUAGAACAGAAACUACAAGACAUUUUCCAAAUGAAAGUAUGUCAUUUGCACCACAAGAAAUAUUGUCUCAAAACAACUUACCCUACAAUGAACGAGAUGUUAUCAAUGUAGAAAGUGACGAUGUUAAUGAUAAUCAUCUUGCAUUAUCAAGAUCAUCAGUGUCUAGAGACAGUGGCUUUAACAGCCCUGUCAGUACCAUACAAUAUUCUGAAGACCAAGUGGGUAACUCAAGGAACGGCUUCGAUCUAUUUACAAGUCCCUCUUUGCAACAUACAACUACAAGGAAUCCUGUCGGCCUCGCACAACCUAGUACUUGCAAAAUUUGCUGCUUAACCACGACUAAUAUGUGCUUAGGAUGUUACCGAGAAUAUUAUUGUACUUUAAACUGUCAGAUGAAAGAUUGGAAUCGCCACAAGGUAACUUGUAGAAAGUAGAUUAGUUUUAAUGAAAAUACAAUAAAUUUAUUCAACAUAAGUAUUAACAAUAUUUUUAUACAAAUAAAAUUUAAUUCCUGAAAUUUCUGAUUGUUUCAUAUCUUCUAAAAUCUCAAUAGAAUAAAUGAAGUUUCAAAAAUG